AUGGGUCAUGACGGCGAAUCUGAUGGAUUGAAUAAAGCUACUUCGUCGCAUUCGUCCUCAUCUCACCCCAACACUUAUGAGGGUCAAUGGUACUCCGAAGCUCUGAGUUCUGUUUUCAGUUUUGAUAUGGUGUCUGUAGAUGAGAAUUAUAAAAACAGUACCCUAAAAGAUGUAGAAAGGUUUUCUUCAGCACUUGAGAACACCAGUUUAGAGGAGGAGGUCAAAUAUCCAACCUUGUUAGGCUGUCUUCAGAAGAGCAUCAUUAAUUCUAGUCAUGUGCCUAAAGUUGAAGAAAAAGAGGGUCAUAUACAGACUUAUACACAAAUGUCUGCCAAUGACUCAUUAGGUAGCGAACACGCAAGUAAAGACGUUGUGAAGGAUAGUUUUGAGCACAAUCAGAUGGAAACUAAUGCUGAGUUAUCUAGACCGCAAAAAAUAAGUUUAAACUUUAGGAGAAAUUCGUGUAGUAUCCCUAUUGUAAAUGGCUUAGACCCAAUGGAGCUUAAAGAAGCUGAUAAACAUCCAGGCUCAAAACACAGUAAGCUAGGCUCAGUAUUUAAUCACCCUGAGGAUAAAGGCGGAUACAGUAAUGGUAUCUUAGACCACACAGAUGGCUAUUGUUGUUACAAUCACCUCAACAAAGGCGAUGGCAUGGCGCAGCACAAGACUCCAGCACUUAAUGGUGCCAUAAAAGGGAUGAAUGAUAUGAAAAGAAACUUUAUUGGGCAGCCAGGAGAUGGCUCGACCAUGCCUAAAUGGCAAAAAAUUUUGUACGAAAAGCAACCUUUUGAGGAUAAUUACGUCGAUCCUCAACAAUUUCUUGAGGAUCUUCGCCAAAAUGAACACCUCACGACUUAUGAAUAUACUGAAGUCGUUAAGAACACAUUUGCGAUUACACAACAAAUCUCGAUUGUUAUUUUAUUUGCAUGCGCCUUUUCGAUGCUGUUGAAUCAGACAAUGAACCAUUACACAAUUCUAUAUGUGGACCUGGCUGUAUUUUUUUUGACUAUUGUCGUGUACUUUCAGCUUAAAACCAUGAGAGUCAACUACACGGGCACGCAGAAUUAUGUGCUUAUUCAUUUGUCUCAGAUACCUCAAGCAUCGAGCUCUGGUCGCGAUAAAAAGGAGACAAGGGUGGGCGGGCGCCAUAAAAGUGAUAUAAAGCGAACUAGUACCAGAUCUGAUAAUGCCUCCAAUGGCGUUAGACAUCGCAGCAUGAAUCGGAAGCAUGGGCUUGCCGCGAACACUGGCCACAACGGCAGCCCCUCCUUCCACGGUGAGGACAAACUUGUGAAGCCCGAACUCCCCUACGCGGACAGCGCGUUUGGGUUUUUUCGUAAAACAAUUGGUGUUGGGACUAUGAUGGUGCUAUUAACCCCUAUCUUGAGCACCUUAACUGCGAGCUUUUCCAACGACACUAUUGUGGCUCUUAGCAUCUUUACAAUGUCUUUGCAUGUCUUAACGACAGAUUAUAGCUAUCUAAAUGCAUAUACAACUGGCUUUUCGCCUAAUCUUUCAGUCAAUGCCGCUUCGUUUGGUGUGAUUAUGGUGGCUUCACGUAUCCCAAAUCCGCUUGAUAGCGGGGCACUGAUUGCAUUUGGAUCAUUUUGUUUUUCUUUGAGCCCUAUAGUCCGACAUUAUGUGAGGCGCACCUCUUUUACCGCUCAUGUCGUCUUUACGCUUCUUCUUUUUGUGAUCAAUACGGGUUGUUUACUGACUAUUCCAGUUUUAGUAAUACUCUACGUUACGUGUAUACUCAUGAUAUCUUUUGUAAUACCCUGGUGGUUUGUAUCGUUGCACAGCAGUGUGAAAAAUCAAAUCAACGGACCAUGGGACGAGGCGAAACCAACUAACAGUGCAGCGGCGGCAGAGUGGGCAAAUGCUGGUCUUUUGUCUUAA